AUGUCUAUACCAUUAGUUCUCCUCGUCCUUUUGGGCAAAGCAUUCGGCGACGGUCUUGAGUAUAACCUCAAUCUGCAUUUGCCAAGCCACCGACCAGAAUGGGCCGAAAAGCUCUCUCCUCACCUCGCAGCUUUCAGCAUAGAGAUGGACCGCUGGCCAGACUGGGCCGGGCAAGAAGUCGGCAAACCAAACGAAUACUUCAACCGGCUUCUCUCAAACCUAGGCGAGAGGACCGGGCAUAUGCCAUUCCUUCGUGUAGGAGCCAACUCGCAAGACAGAGCCACUCUAGACCUAAGCCUCGAGGUCAUGAACAAAACCUUUCCGGAACCGACUGAGACUGUCCCCAACCCAGAGGCAGACCACAUCUAUAUCGGCCGAGACUUUUAUGCCUUAUCGGGGAAUCUACCGGCUGGAACGCCCUUCAUGUGGGGUCUCAACCUCAAGUCCUUGAACCAGACUGAGACUGUUGCCCAGGCCCGGUUGCUUGCGCAGACCUUUCAAGGGGACCGGGCAAACUUAACCAAGAAUGUGCGACUUGUCAACGUCGAGUUGGGAAAUGAGCCUGACUUUUAUGGCUUGACGCGGACGGUGUACAAUGGUCCCUACGGCGUUGAGUGGGAUACUGCCAACUAUACAGAUACCUGGGCACAGUAUGCCGAGGCAGUAAGCAGAGAGAUCGAGUUCGAUCACACCGGUUCAGAUCGGCCCACACUGUCGCCUGGAGCCUUUACUGGAGCUAACGCCCCAGAAUGGACGCCAGCAGGACCCUUACAGCUGGGUAUACUGAACGACCCGACCAUUCGAAAUGCGACGACUCAGUUCACAGAGCAUGCCUACUCUGGCGGCUUCGACCCACGCCGUGUCGUCAACCCCGGAGAUCUCAUGAACAAGAUAUACGUGCGCGGCAACAUGACUACUAAGAUGGCCGGUAUACAAGCAGGCGAGACAAACUCUUAUGCAAACCAUGGCCAACCUGGGCUGAGUAAUACUGUUGAGAGUGCACUCUGGGCAACCGAUUGGCUCUUACUCGGCGCCUCUUUCGGGAUACAAAGGCUUCAUUUCCACCACGGGGUAGGUUUCAGAUACAACCUGAUACAGCCAACAAGCGACUCCGAUGACGGUCUAAACAUUACUCGUCCCCACAUUCUUCCAUCCUAUCACGCCUUUCUGAUUGUCAACGAAGCCAUCGGGAAGUCUAGCGAAGCGUAUGUUGCCGAAAUACCGACCAGUAAUAUUACUAUUACCGCGUAUGGCAUAUGGGAGCAAGAGCGACUUGCCAGAAUUGUUGUCUUGAACACGCAGGUUCAUCUCGGGGGACAAGAGAAGCCGAGCAUCAGCGUCAAUCUAAGGGGCCUUGGAUCAGGUCUAUCAACUACGGUGAAGAUGCUGCUCUCGGAAAAUACGACUGCUAAUGCUGGAUUGACGUGGGCGGGUCAGAGUUUUGAGACUGUGUCUGGGGAGCCCCAGGGCGAUGUAAGGGCAGACGAAGUCCUGAACGACAGUUUCAGCUUGCCGGCGUCUUCAAUUGCUCUCUUAACGAUCCGAUGA